GUGCCCCGUGCCCAUCUCUGCCGAUCCUGCCGGCGCCCAGCGCCCGGGAGCGGCCGCCGGGCCACGUGUCGGUGCGCUGCCGCCGGCGAUGGCAAGCCGGGAGGCGGCACUGUGCACCAGGGUGCAGCAUGCUGACAUCACCCGCGCGCGGAUGGUGCCCAGUUCCAGGAACGUCAUCGCAGGUGGUUGGCAGUCCGUGCUCGGUUCGGGGGAGCACACCAGGAUCGGCGUUGGUGGACAGUUGGUGUUCCGCUGCUCCGAGGUUCGCAGAAAAGCAGGUGCGCCCGUGGCGGCGGCCCCGCGCCCGCUGCCGACCGCGCCCGAGCGGUGGCUCCCCUGGGAGUCGCGGCGGCGGCUCCCCUCCGCGGGGCCGCGGGCGGGCCGCCGGGCCGCCGCGCUCGGGCUGGCCGCGGCCGCGCUGGCGCUGGUCGCCGCGGUGUUCGCGGCGGGCUUCCUCUGCGGGCGGGAGGCGCAGGUCGCGGCUCUCGAGGUGCAGCUCGCGAAGGCCCGACAAGUUGUGCAGGUGAAGGAGAUCGCCACCGAGGUGACGGCGAAGGUCGGCGUGAAAGCGGCGAGCAUGACGGUGAACGGUUUCUUUGCAGGCGUACUGACGGCGAUGGUCGUGAAGCCGGUGCGCUCAACACUCACGGCGGCGCUUCGCGCGAGAGAUCCUCACUUCGAGCAGCUCUCUUGCGGAGACCAGGCUUGGGUGUUAGAGCCGGUGCCGGGCUGGUCCCGCGCCCUCGGUGACUACAUCGAGCUCGAGCUCUACGAGGAGGACGACGACACUGCACCCCAGCACGGCGAGGGGUUAGGGCACCACGACCCGAUCACCACGAGCCAGGGGCAGCCCGACGACCCCUCCGAGUGGAGGAAAGCACCCCAGCGCGGUGAGGGGUUAGACCGCGUCAACGAGAGGGAGCAGUACGGAAAGCAGUACGUCCCACCCCAGCGCGGUGAGGGGUUAGACCGCAGCCGACCCUCGCAGGGCGAGACUGCGGGGUCAGUGUACUUCGAGCAGGAGCACUACGAGGAGGACGUCGUGGAGCUCACCGCCAGCGGCGUGUCGCGGGCGCAGCCCU